AUAAAGUGCUUAUCUUUAUUCCCCAGGCAUAAUGUGCGAGCUUCUCUGGUCGGACCCGCAGCCGAUGGCAGGGCGCGCUCCGUCGCGGCGCGGCGUCGGCUGCCAGUUCGGGCCUGACGUCACGGCCAACUUCCUGCAGAGGAACAACCUGGACUACGUCAUCAGGAGCCACGAAGUCAAGAAUGACGGCUACGAGAUCGCCCACGACGGGAAGUGUAUCACUGUCUUCUCCGCGCCCAACUACUGCGAUACGAUGGGUAACCUAGGUGCUUUUAUCACAAUGAACGGCAAGGACCUCAAGCCGAAAUUCACCACCUAUGAGGCCGUGCCGCAUCCGGACGUGAAGCCGAUGGCUUACGCGAACUCAUUUUUCAACAUGCUCUGCCAAUGAUGGAAGCGGGCCCGCGCCCGGGGCCCCGCCCGCGCGCCCCGGGGCCCGCGCCCGCGCGCGUCGCUCAGCUCGCGCGGGCCCCGCCCCGGCCCUCGCUCCGCGGCCAAACGAAAGAUGCGACGGAUCCUCAAAAUGGUCGCCAAGCGCACGCGGGACAACGCCCAGGGAUGGACUUAGGGUACUUAGUUAAUCCGAUUACAAUGGAUGUCGACGGUGAAGUAUCAAUGAAUAAUAUCUACAAAAAGGCAAUUUUACAGAAAGCGAAACACGUUUCAUUUCGUAGGUAAUUCUAAUAAUUUUGAUCAAUUGUUUUUUUAUAUUAUCUAAUAUUAUAAAUGCGAAAGUAACUCUGUCA